AUGGCUGCGCGGAGUCGUAGUUCGCUGAUGUGUAUGCAGAGCGACUUUGAGAAAUCGCCUUCAGCCGCUUGCCCCGAGCAGGACGAGUGGUACCGCGAGCUCGAGCGGCACCGGACGUGUCUUAAACGGCGUUGCAAGGAGCUAAAGACCGCCUUCCGCUCCCGGGAGCACCCGCAGCAUACGAACGGUAAUUGCGCCGAGCACUCUCCGGUCCACAGGAAGGCCCGAAGUCCUGUGUCUACACCAGUUUCGGCAGUGCACGGCGACAAGGCGCUGCACGGCACCCUGAGCGACGUCGGAUCUGGCAUUUGUGAGCAUCUACCUUCGCCGAGGGCACUGCUGGUGACCCCCAGUCGUAAUCGAGGCGACCCGUCGAACGCCACCCCCGCGCCAAAGCAUUCCGGAAGGCGCUUCGACCCUCGCAAGGACCGAGGCGCAGUUCUCAAUUCGUCGUGUAACGGCACUGCGCAUCGGCAUCUUCGUUUGCAGCGAUCGUCCAGCGUGGGCAGUGCUCGCAGCUUCGAAGGAGGCCUCACGUCGUGUCCAUCAUACGCCGACAGCCUCAGCGAGCGCAUCCCCAUCAACUUCCUUUUGGCCUGCAAGAAGGGCAUCGGAGCUGUUACCCCCAGUCGCAACCGGUCCUUCACGCUGGUUGACUGCCUGGAUCGCGCACCUCGCCUGGGCACCGAUUCACGUCAUGCUCACUGUCUUCACCGGCGCGGCGGUAUAUCAAAGCCCUACGAGCGCAGCUGCGUGGGUGAUAGAUACUGCGUGACCAAUUUCGACCGACAGCCCGAGAGUCGGCGUCAAAAGGCGCAGCAGUUUUGUGGCGGCAUCAAGGGCACCGACAAGGGCCACGAGCAACGGCCUCACCCAUUUGCCCACCCCGAUCAACCCAGGAAAUCCGGUGUCGCAUCAACGCGUCCAACCUGCUGUGCUGAUCGUAAAGCGCACGGGGGCCACACGAACUAUCCGUACAGAGCCGACCGUUGCAAUCAUCAAGGGAAGGACUGCAGGCAUUGCCACAGGUGCCACCAUUGCUACGGGGAUAAUUUCAGGAUGAGUCGUGUGUCGUGCACGUCGCCUGCCAACAACGAGGUGGGUGCUUCGUUGGAGGCAACUGAGGGAUUUUCGUCAUCCGCUCGCGAGGCCUCCCCGGCGCGUCGAUCGGAGCCCGGGUCCCCCUCGAGAGCUCCGCGGCAGGUUGACUUGCAGUUCAUCGGCAACCUGCUGACCGGGUACCAUGUGAACGUGGAUCUGCUGAAGGCUCCGGAGCUGGGUUCCGCCGAGAGCACGCGCUACGUGCUCUCCAUCUGCCGCGAGGUGUUCAUGGGCGCCAUCGGCGCCCAGGUGGUCUACGUCGUGACGAGCAUGCUGUUCGGCAACAUAGCGGCGGCGAUCAUAGUGUCGCUGCUGUGCGUCCAGAGCGCCUUCUGCCACUGCGACGGCCGCCCGGCGGCGUACGUGAUCAACGGCGUGCUGUCGCUCGUGGUCGCGUCGACGGUGACGGUGGCGUUGUGCACCGAGGUCUCCGGGCUCGAGCCGUACCGCGUCGACCCCGUGCUGAACACAAUAUCGUACGUCUAUGUGCCGCUGUGUUUCGCGUUCGGGGUAUUUUCCUUCUACCUGGCGCACAGCAACUACGACCUCCACAAGCGCGAGAGGCAGGCCAUCGUCUACGCCGUGAACCGGCUGCUGGGCGACCGCUUCCGGGUGAACCAGCGCGACCUCACCAUCGAGCGGUGCCUGUGA